AUGUUUAAUCUAUUCAAUAAGAAUGUCCAGGUGAUUAUUGUGGAAGAAAACACAGUAGAACGCCUGUUGGUCGUUGAGAUUUCAACAAACACUCGAACAAUCAAGGAAUUGAAGAAAAUUGUAUCAAAAACCAUUUCACUCGAGAAUCGUUCUCUAAAAUACAAAUUCGAUUCGGAGGAAUUCUGCUUGUCGAAAGAUAUUGAUGUCGAAACCAUGAUCACCAAGUUUAGAGGGAGUGCAAAGAUUGAACACAAAUUGAUUUGUUACAAAUCGUUUCGUCCUUCCAUUUCAAGCAAGGAAAAGGCAGAAAAAUUAAAGAAGAAACUAGCCGAAAAGUACAAUGUUGACCAGAACUCUAUUUCCUUGCUAGGUAAGGGUGGUUUUGGUUUUGUGUUUGGUCUUCCUCCAAUUGAAAAUUCAAUACCAAUUGCUGUCAAAGUUCUAAUUGACGAUAAUGGAAAUGAUCUAUUGAAUGAAGUGAAAACUACUCUCUCAAUGAAUCAUCCACAUAUUGUUGAGGCAGGUAACUUUUUCACACUAAAUAAUGUUAGCUAUUUCAAAUCUGUGGUGUGCUAUGAAAUGGAGAGAAUGCUUGGAACUUUGAAAAACUUCUUCUUGGACGAUGAUGGUAAGAAAAAAUUGAGAAAUAUUACAGAGCACAUUGCUGUGAUGAUUAUUAAUCAAGUUAGCCAGGCAUUUCAGGCUUGUGUUGAUAGAAAGGUUUGUCAUAGAGAUGUGAAACCAGAUAAUAUACUUGUCAAGUCAAUUUCAGAUGAUAGCAUCCAUGUUGUGUUGAGUGAUUUUGGAAGUGCCUUUACCUCUUCCAAAUUCAAUAGACAAGUCAAUAUUGAAAUGGAAGGAACUGUAAGAUAUUUGGCACCAGAAGUUGUUGAAGAUUGUAAGAAUUUCUCAAUUCAAAGUGAUAUCUUUAGUUUGGGAAUUACAUUGUAUUAUUUAAUGAUUGGAAGGUUCGGGGCAACUGGAGAAAUUCUAUGUGAGAAACCUGAACAAGUUGAAAGACAUUUGGUUGAGUUGAGUAUUUCACCAUUUGUUAGUCAACUCAUUCUUGGAAUGAUUAAAAAAGAUCCAGCUCAAAGAAUGUCUCUCAAUGUGUUGCUUCAGUUGACCAAUGACUAUUUAAAUACCAAAAAGCAACUUUUCACUUUACAAGCAGAUGGUGAAGCAUAUCGUAUCGAAUUACCAUUCUAUCCUAAAUACGAUGAAUUGGUUAAACUAAUUGAAAAGAAAUUAGGGCACAAUGACUUUAACUUGACUCAUAAUCAAGAAAUCGUAACCAAUGAUUCAGAAUGUUAUCAAAUGAUCACUUCCCUCCUAUCAAAAGAUCCAAAGCAAAGAGUGAUUACUCUGAAACUCAGUCCAAUUAAUGAGGUUUUGCAAAAUGCUUCUAAAAAUUAUGAGAAUGGAAAUUAUGAGAUUGCUCUCAAAUUUUGUGAUCAAUAUCUUAAAAGAUCCAGUGCAAGUUUAACAAUUCUUACGAAAGCAGCCAAUUGUUGCUUUUACUUGAAAAAUUAUGAGAAGGCAAUCGAAUAUUUCAGUAAGGCAUAUUCUGUUAAAGAAUGGAAAUCAAGACUAGAUGUCAAAUUCUAUGAAAGGUUCGCCUAUUGCUAUUUUAAUAUUAGAAAGUACGAGAAUGCCUAUUCUUUAUAUGAAAAAGCUCUUUCAAAGGAGAAUUACAAAACUUUCUACCUUGCUGGACUAUGUGCCUUGAAAACUAAUCUAUUCGAAAGAAGUGUUGCUUUACUUUCAAAGUCAUAUUCCUUGAAAAGAAAUAUAGAAGCUAUCGAUGCAAUUGUUCAAGUCUUACAACAAUUAUCUUCACCUCUAAAUAUCUACUCAUGGACUGAUGAAGGAAUUGCCUUAUUUGCUCAUGGAAUUUAUAUGAAAAAAUUGAAUGAAUUGGACGAAUCGAGAAAAUUACUUGAGAGAGCUUUGGAUAAAUUACCAAAUGAUGAUGAAUUUAUUGUAGAAGCAUUGAGAUCCAUUCAACCUUAAAUGAUUCGAAUAAUUAUUGAAUAAAAUUUUUGUAAAUAUCAACAUAAACCAUUUUAAGAAGAUCACGUUUUGUUUGUCAAUAAAAUAUCUUACAGAAGAGCGUGAUCACGUUUCACGUUUGAGAUUGUCUAUUAUUAACCUUUUCACUCAAAUAAAUGCUGUUCG